ACCAACCAACUCCCCGGGAAGGAAACCAACAGAGAGCAUCUCUCUCGCCUCGCCUCGCCUCCCCUUGCGUUCGAGCCCUUCCUUGCAUUGCUUUCUCCAUGAGAUUCCCUGGACUCCUCCUCCUCCACCUCCUGGACCUCCCCCAUCCUUAUAAGCCACCGCAAGCGCAGCCCCGGAAGGAACAGGAAGGCGCGAGACCGUUUCUUGGGUGUGGGUAGCUGUGGCGCUGGUGGUGCGGUGAGCCUUGUCGUUCGGUGGGAGGCAAGAAGGGGCGGCGGCGGUGCAGCGAUGCCGCGCCGCGCGAGGGCGACACGCGGCGGCGGCGAGGAUGGGGAGGAGGUGAAGGUCGAGGAGGACUUCGUCGACUCGGUUCUGAACUUCGGCGCGGGUGGCUGGGGCGAGGAGGGCGACGACGGGGAGGAGCAGCAGGCGGCGGCGGCGGCGCCGGCGGCGGGGAAGGAGUUCAAGUCCAAGAACCUGGUGGCCGAGCGGAAGAGGAGGGGCAGGCUCAACGGCAACAUCUUCGCGCUCAGGGCGGUCGUGCCCAAGAUCACCAAGAUGAGCAAGGAGGCUACCUUGUCGGACGCGAUCGAACACAUCAAGAAUCUUCAGAACGAGGUUCUCGAGCUGCAGCGCCAGCUCGCCGACUCGCCGGGUGAGGCGUGGGAGAAGCAAGGCAGCGCGUCGUGCUCUGAAUCCUUCGUCCCCGCCGAGAACACCCAUUACCAGGGUCAGGUGGAAUUGAUUUCUCUGGGGCCAUGCAAGUAUAACUUGAAGAUCUUCUGGACCAAGAGGGCAGGCCUCUUCACCAAGGUGCUGGAAGCACUCUGCAGCUACAAAGUGCAAGUGCUCAGCCUGAACACCAUAUCAUUCUACGGCUAUGCAGAGAGUUUCUUCACCAUCGAGGUGAAUGGUGAGCAGGAUGUUGUGAUUGUGGAGCUGAGGAACCUUCUUUCCAGCAUUGUGGAGGUUCCAAGCAUCUGAGACGCUCUGACUACAAUAAACUCACAGAGCUCGUAUUAGAGUGCACACAUAUGUUUCUCAUAUCUGGAAGAAAUAAUUCCAGUAGCAGGGUCUCUGUGUAGGGAGAAUACAACGGUACAUGUCUGACUGAAUGACUGACUGAUAAAACAUAAGAAAGAAAAGGACUGAAUGGUGUGCUGAAUUUGAACAGAGCGGCACAAUGAACUUGCCGUUUCUGAACCGCGUCUCUGUUCAUUGCAUCUUCUUGACGAAAUGGAUGUUUGAUUCGCUGUUAUUUUCAGUUAGGCUCUUGAACUUGCCCCUGGUGAAGUGUUGAUUUAAUACAGGUUAUCGUUCUACCGGGUGGUUAAUAAAUUAUUAAUCGGAUUAAAA